AUGUCAAGGACCGGCGCAUCCCUCACAGAGCACCAUGCGCACAAGCAGCAGUCCGGGCAGACGGGCUCAGCACUGGGCGAGGCCGAGACGGGUCUCAGCCUCGACGAACCACCGGGGCGGGAUGAGAGUGGCUUGCCCGAGCCCGAUUGGACCCUCGAAGAAACCAAAUUAACAAUUCCAGAACAAGAAGCAAGGUUCACACUGCAUGAGAACGGCAGGUACACGACCAAAAUCGUAAGGGAAUGCCCAGCCUGUGGUAUGCGACACUGUCUGAGCCUCUGCCCAUUCGUCUUCCCAGACAACCCGAAGGGCAUCCCCAAACUUGAGAAGUACAGACUUGGGUUUGAGAGAAAAAUGCGUAAAUACCCGGCAUUCCACGAAGCAGUGUGCCGCCGUCUCAAACCCAAGACGCUCCGCGUCGGGCGAGAGGUGCGAAAUUUGUCAUUUAUCUUCAUCGUCCCAACGCCCACGUUAUCAGUCCCGUCCUCGAAGCAGCGGUGGCUUUCGGACUUUGACGACCGCGUGCAUUACCAUGGGGCGCCGAAGGCCGGCCGGACUCCCGUUAGGGAUGUUUACAACGUACCCAGGUACACGUUCUUUUCGGGCUAUUACGCAACUACAGAUGACGACGGAAGACCCUUCCUCAUCCUUUUUACUAACACUGCUCAUAUGGAUGAGACAAUGGCACUCGAGAUCAACAUGAUACGUACUUUUGUAACAGAGUACAACAGGGGAGAGAAGACACUCUACAACAGGGAGCCCGAGCCUGAUUGCCGGCCCAUCGGCGUAGUGUUGGUCACUUACCGAUGGCACAAGCCCAAAUCAAGCGGCACGGCGAGUGCCCCCUCCAUAACCGUCGGUAUCGCCAGUGAAUAUACCUGGACACAUGGGUACGCCCGAUGGGGCAUCCACCUCAAGGCCAAGGCCGACAAGCUCGAGAACGGGUACUGGGCGUGGAGCUCCGGGCGCCCGAAGGUCUCCGGGGCACAUGCGUACAUCGACUGGGAUGCCGACACCGCCAGGGGAUUCGACAGCGACAGCAGGGGCUGGGUCGUCGGGCUCGGCUAUGCCCUCCUCAGGGACGUGAGGGACCCGGUCGAGCUGAUCGUGGGCCUGGAGGAGUCGGCCCUGCGCUGGGACCGGAUCCUCAACAGCCGACAGUGGCUUCUCCACCGUGCGGCGACCUUGUAUGGCACGGGUAGCCCCCAGUACAGGCUGUUGUAUCAUUUUGCCCGGGACUCGGGGCCCCGGGACCUCCCCAGGGCCGACGGGCUGCCGCAGUGGAAGCACUUUCAGUCGAGGAUAGAUAUGGCUGGGAAGCCAUACGAGGAAGAAGUCAUAUGGAGGAGUGUUUUCCAUUAA